UGAUAAGACAAAAUUACUUGAACAUAAAAAAGAGGGUUUUUUGUUUUGUUUUGUGGUUUUUCUUAGGGGCAAUUCUGUGACUACUGCAAUUCUGAGGACCCCAGGAAAGCACAUCCAGUCACCAACGCAAUUGAUGGAUCUGAACGUUGGUGGCAAAGCCCUCCUCUCUCCUCAGGCACACGGUACAACAUGGUCAAUGUCACCUUGGAUCUAGGGCAGCUUUUCCAUGUGGCCUAUAUUUUAAUCAAAUUUGCAAAUUCUCCACGUCCUGAUCUUUGGGUCUUGGAAAGAUCUGUAGACUUCGGGAGCACCUACUCACCUUGGCAAUAUUUUGCUCAUUCUAAAGUAGACUGUUUGCAACAAUUUGGGCAGGCGGCAAAUAUGGCUGUCACCCGUGAUGAUGAUGUGCUGUGUACGACUGAAUAUUCUCGGAUUGUACCUUUGGAAAAUGGUGAGGUUGUGGUGUCCUUGAUAAAUGGUCGUCCAGGUGCAAGAAAUUUUACUUUCUCCAACACCCUGAGGGAGUUCACCAAGGCAACAAAUAUUCGCUUGCGUUUUCUCCGUACCAACACCCUUCUUGGACACCUCAUCUCCAAAGCACAACGAGAUCCAACUGUUACUAGGCGGUAUUAUUACAGCAUAAAGGAUAUCAGCAUCGGUGGGCGCUGUGCUUGCAAUGGCCAUGCUGAAGUGUGCAAUGCAAACAAUCCUGAAAAAGUGUUUCGGUGUGAAUGCCAACACCACACCUGUGGGGAGACCUGCGAUCGCUGCUGUGCUGGGUACAAUCAGAGGGGCUGGCAGCCUGCCACGUGGGAGCAGAGCCAUGAGUGUGAAGCAUGCAACUGCCAUGGCCACGCCACCAACUGUUACUAUGAUCCAGAAGUCGAGAGGCUGCAGGCAAGCUUGAAUAUCCACGGCAUCUAUGCAGGUGGAGGGGUCUGCAUUAAUUGUCAGCACAACACAGCUGGUAUAAACUGUGAACGGUGUGCGAAAGGUUAUUAUCGCCCUCAUGGCUUUCCAGUUGAUGCCCCCCAUGGCUGCAUCCCUUGUAGCUGUAACCCUGAGCAUGCGGAUGACUGUGAGCAGGGCUCAGGCCGCUGUACCUGCAAGCCGAAUUUCCACGGACACAACUGUGAGAAGUGUGCCCCUGGAUACUAUCAUUACCCGUUUUGCUUGAGAAUACCCAACUUUCCUAUUUCUACUCCAAGCCCAGAAGAUCCAGUUGCUGGAGAUAUAAAAGGGUGUGACUGUAACUUGGAAGGAGUUCUCCCCGAAAUAUGUGAUGCCCAAGGAAGGUGCCUGUGCCGCCCUGGGGUUGAGGGCCCUCGGUGUGAUGCCUGCCGCUCAGGGUUCUACUCAUUCCCCAUUUGCCCAGCCUGCCAGUGUUCAGCGCUUGGCUCCUACCCGACGCCCUGCAGCCCAGUGACUGGACAGUGUGAAUGCCUGCCGGGGAUUACAGGACAGCGGUGUGACAGGUGUCUCUCAGGAGCCUAUGAUUUCCCCCACUGCCAAGGCUCCAGCAGUUCCUGUGACCUGGCCGGUACCCUCGACUCCAGUUUGGGGUUCUGCCAGUGCAAGCUUCACGUUGAAAGUCCUGCCUGCAACACCUGUAAGCCAUUAUAUUGGAAUCUGGCUAAAGAAAACCCCAAAGGAUGUUCAGAAUGCCAGUGCCAUGUGGCGGGAACAGUGAGUGGAAUUGGAGAGUGUGGGCAGCAAGACGGUGACUGUCACUGCAAGUCCCAUGUCGGUGGCGAUUCCUGUGACACGUGCGAGGAUGGAUAUUUUGCUUUGGAAAAGGGCAAUUACUUUGGGUGUCAAGGGUGUCGAUGUGACGUUGGUGGAGCUGUCACCCCCAUAUGCAGCGGGCCCUCUGGAGUAUGUGAGUGCCGAGAACACGUUGAGGGGAAGGCGUGCCAGCGACCCGAAAACAACUACUAUUUCCCGGGUUUGCAUCACAUGAAGCAUGAGGUUGAAGAUGGCACUGUACCUAGUGGAAGAAAACUUCGAUUUGGAUUUGAUCCCCUGGAGUUUCCUGAGUUUAGCUGGAGAGGAUAUGCUCAGAUGACCUCCCUGCAGAAUGAAGUAAGGAUCGUGCUGAAUGUGGGGAAGUCAAGUCUCUCUUUGUUUCGUGUCAUUUUGAGAUACGUUAACCCUGGAACUGAAGCGGUAGCUGGCCACGUAACUAUUUAUCCAUCCUGGGCUGAGGCAGGUGUUGCUCAAAGCAAAGAGAUCAUCUUUCUGCCAAGCAAGGAGCCAGCCUUUGUCACCAUCCCCGGAAAUGGUUUGGCAGACCCAUUUUCAAUUACACCAGGGAAGUGGAUUGCUUGUAUUAAGGCAGAGGGAGUCCUCCUGGACUACCUGGUGCUACUCCCCAGGGACUACUAUGAGGCUUCCUCACUGCAGCUGCCUGUCACAGAGCCAUGUGCCCCUGGGGGACCUCCCCACGAGAAUUGCUUGCUUUACCAGCAUUUGCCAGUGACCCGAUUCCCCUGUACCCUGGCUUGUGAGGCCAGACACUUCCUGCUUGAUGGGGAGCCAAGACUCUUGGCAGUGAGGCAGCCCACCCCCGCACACCCAGUCAUGGCGGACCUCAGCGGGAGAGAGGUGGAACUGCACCUGCAGCUGCGGGUCCCGCAGGUUGGCCACUACGUGGUCAUGGUGGAGUAUUCCACGGAAGCAGAGCAGCUGUCUGUGGUGGACGUGCACGUGGAGGGCCCCGGGUCUGUCCUGGCCGGCCAGGUGAACAUCUAUAGCUGCAAGUACAGUGUCCUCUGCCGGAGCGCUGUGACCGAUGGCAGGAGCCGCCUGGCCACUUACGAGCUGUUAGCAGAUGCAGGCAUUCGGCUCAAAGCACGUACGGCCCGAUUCCUUCUGCAUCAGAUUUGUAUCAUACCCAUUGAAGAAUUCUCAACUGAAUAUUUGAAACCUCAAGUAAAAUGCAUUGCCAGUUAUGGGCCAUUUGAUAAUCAAAGAGCCACUUGUGUCUCCCUGUCCCCUGAAACUCCUCCAGCAGCAUUAAUUUUAGAUGUCCCUCAUGGUGGUUCUCCCCCUCUCCUGCACCAGGAUCCUUCACCUUCUGCUGAUGUUGUUACUGGCGUCACCUUGAUGGCACCACAGAACCAAGUGACCCUGAGAGGACGCGUGCCACGCGUGGGCCGGUAUGUUAUUGUCAUCCAUUUUCAUCAACCGGCGCACCCCACGUUUCCCGCACAGGUGUCUGUGGAUGGCAGGCAGCUGUCGCCAGGUGUCUUCCGUGCCUCUUUUUGCCCCCAUGUGCUUGGCUGCCAGGACCAAGUGAUGGCUGAAGACCAAGUGGAGUUUGACCUCACAGAGCCUGAGGUGGUUGUGACUGUGAAGGUUCCAGAAGGAAAGUCCUUAGUAUUGGUCCGUGUUCUACUGGUGCCUGCAGAGAAUUACGACUACCAAAUACUUCACAAAAAAUCAGUGGACAAGUCAUUCGAGUUUAUCACCAAUUGCGGAGGAAAUAGUUUUUAUAUUGACCCCCAGACAGCCUCUGGAUUCUGUAAGAACUCUGCCAGGUCUCUGGUAGCUCUCUACCACAAGGGUGCAGUGCCCUGUGAGUGCCACCCUGCCGGGGCUGUUGGCCAUCACUGCAGCCAAGAGGGUGGGCAGUGCCUGUGUCGGCCUGGUGUCAUUGGUCGACAAUGUACCCGCUGUCAAACGGGCUACUACGGAUUCCCACACUGCAAGCCAUGCAGCUGUGGCCGGCGCCUUUGUGAGGAGAUGACGGGGAAGUGCCUCUGCCCUCCCCGCACGGUCAGGCCCCAGUGUGAGGUGUGUGAGACACACUCCUUCAGCUUCCACCCCUUGGCUGGCUGCGAGGGCUGCAACUGCUCCAGGAGGGGCACUGUUGCUGGGGCUGCCACCCUGGAGUGCGACAGGGACCACGGGCAGUGCAGGUGCAAGCCCAGAAUCACAGGGCGGCAGUGUGACCGAUGUACUUCUGGGUUUUACCGCUUCCCUGAGUGCAUUCCCUGCCACUGCAACAGAGAGGGGACGAAGCCAGGAGUCUGUGACCCGGAGACAGGGGCUUGCCUCUGCAAGGAGAAUGUGGAAGGUGCAGAAUGCAAUGUGUGUCGAGAAGGCUCAUUCUACUUGGACCCUGCAAACCCCAAGGGUUGUACCAGCUGCUUUUGUUUUGGAAUAAGUAAUCACUGUCACAGUACACAUAAAAGAAGAGCUAAGUUUGUGGAUAUGAUGGGCUGGCGCCUGGAGACGGGGGACAGAGCAGAGAUCCCCGUCUCAUUCAACCCUGGCAGCAGCAGCGUGGUUGCUGACCUCCAGGAGCUGCCCUCAACAGUUCACAGUGCGACCUGGGUGGCACCUCCUUCCUACUUGGGGGACAAGGUUUCCUCCUAUGGUGGCUACCUCACCUACCAAAUCAAGUCAUUUGGGCUACCUGGUGAUAUGGUUCUUCUGGAAAUGCAGCCAGAUGUGCAGCUCACUGGUCAGCACAUGUCCAUCAUCUACGAGGAGCCGAAUAACCCACGGCCGGACAAGCUGUACCAUGGGCGAGUGCAGGUGGUGGAGGGAAACUUCAGACAUGCCAGGAGCGGUGCCCCGGUGACUCGGGAAGAGCUGAUGACGGUGCUGUCUAGACUGGAAGAUGUGCGCCUUCGAGGCCUCUACUUCAGCGAGACCCAGCGGCUCACCCUGAGCGGGGUGGGGCUGGAGGAGGCCUCUGACACAGGGAGUGGACGUAGAGCACAUAAUGUGGAGAUGUGUGCCUGCCCCCCUGACUACACUGGUGACUCAUGUCAGCCCAAUUAAAUAAAAUACAUAGCUCAAGGGAAAGAGUGGAACCUCUGGAUUAUCACCCUACAGCCCAGGGCGUGUUCUUCGCCCAUGACUCAGCCUGUGAUUUACAGCUGCCCUAGUCCGCCAGUGCCGUCUGGCUGUGAGGCGAGGUGGGUAGAAGGUGAUGCCUGCCCCACCUCGCAGGGAUUAGAGAGCGGUGCGCUUCCUGGUGGAACUGUUAUGUGUGCUCUCU